GCACUGCCGUUUGAGAAGACAUGUUUAAUUCAACAUAAGGAACAGGCUGUUCUUUGGUUCAGACUGAGACACACCAAAACAACACUGUGAUUGGUCAGAAUUAAAAACAACCGCCCUGAUGCUUUGCUCUUCCUCUUCUCUGAUUGGGUACAUGCAAAUAAGGCGCUCGUUCUGCAGCUUCACCAAGGCGCAAAAAUGUCUCUGGACUGGACCCAAUGCUGGUCUGGAUAUUCACAUUUUAGUUAUGGGCGCAUUUUUAAGAGAAUUUACUGUCUUAUUCCUAAAGAAUGUAACCACUUGUUUUAUGUGCAUUAUAUGUAUAUUUCACUGGCUCUAUGCAAAUGAGUCAGCUGUGGAGUCCCCGUACCCCACCCCCCAUUUGAUCAGCGGGUGAAGGUUUGAGGAGAGCCCCUCACUAGCCUCUCUUAUCUGCAACCCCCACUCACUAGCGAGACCAUUAGCUUGGCAGCCAUAAUUUCCGAUAAAUGGAGACUUAAAAUGCUUAUAUUUUGAGGAUACGCCACAAAGAAAUCACCUGUACGUCAAAAAGUCGGGUGAAUUUUAUUUAUUUUUUUAGACAAAGUUAUGGCAGAGGCGUAGAGACGCACUUGUUCGGUUCAACAGAGCUGUGAUUUUUUUGCUAUGUUAAAUAUGGGCAAUAAUGUGUAUUUCUAACAAGCGAGGACAUUAUGGGAACAAUGUGGAACUACCCGCUGCGGACGACAGGGAGCAGCUCAGAUGGCACAGAGGAUUCAGACUUCUCAGCUGAGGAACCUGCUGAGGUUGCGCGCAGACGCAGCAGUACCCGUCUGACCCGUGCGUCCCUCCGUCUCAGUCGGAGCUCACAAGACAGCAGAGUCCAGAGCAGUUCUCCUGUAGCACCAGAGGAGAGCCGAAGAGAAGAUCCAGUUGCAGCCUCUGUCUUCACAUCUGGGCGAAGAAUCACUCGCAGCCAGCUGGGGGCAGCAAACGCUACAGCCAAGAAGUACCCUCUGCGCCAAAGCAGGUCAUCAGGCUCAGACACUGAAACAAAUGAAAAACAUGGGGCAGACCGAGACGAGAGCCCUCCUCGAACCCCUACAGGUAACGCCCACUCGUCUGAGUCAGACAUUGAGGUGUCCAGUCCUGCAAAUGACAUCACAGAGGAUGAGAGGUUAGCCAAAGAGCUGUCACUCAAAGAGGCAGCUGCCCACGACCUGUCCCAUAGACCCAAGAGACGACGCUUCCAUGAGAGCUACAACUUCAACAUGAAGUGUCCCACUCCAGGAUGUAACUCACUGGGUCAUCUAACAGGAAGGCAUGAGAGGCAUUUCUCUAUAUCUGGAUGUCCGCUUUACCACAACCUGUCUUCUGAUGAAUGCAAGGGCAAAGCUACAGUGCGCGACAAGCAGGCUGAAGAAAGGGCGCUAUCACACCGGCAGGACGAAAACAGGCACUCCACAAGAAACCAGGCACCUACAGACCGUCAGUUGCGUUACAAAGAAAAAGUGACAGAGCUGAGACGAAAGAGGAACACUGGGCCAAACAAGGAGCAGAAAGACAAGCACAUAGAGCACCGUCAGAGCCACGGCAGCUGCAGAGAGCCUCUCCUGGAGAACAUCACCAGUGACUAUGACCUGGAGCUGUUCAGGAAGGCUCAGGCCAGAGCUUCCGAGGACCUGGAGAAGUUGCGACUGGCGGGUCAGGUGUCAGAGGGGGGCAACAUGAUAAAGACCAUCGUGUUUGGCAGAUAUGAGCUGGACACCUGGUACCACUCCCCUUACCCUGAGGAGUACGCCCGUCUGGGGAGGCUCUACAUGUGCGAGUUCUGCCUCAAGUACAUGAAGAGUCAGACCAUUCUCCGCAGGCACAUGGCGAAGUGUGUGUGGAAGCAUCCUCCAGGUGAUGAGAUCUACAGAAAGGCCAAUAUCUCAGUGUUUGAGGUGGAUGGCAAGAAGAACAAGAUUUAUUGCCAGAACCUGUGUCUACUGGCCAAGCUCUUCCUGGAUCACAAAACUCUGUAUUACGAUGUUGAACCAUUUCUCUUCUAUGUUAUGACUGAAGCUGACAACACAGGCUGCCAUCUUGUUGGCUACUUCUCCAAGGAGAAGAACUCUUUCUUGAACUACAAUGUCUCCUGUAUCUUGACCAUGCCACAGUACAUGAGGCAGGGCUACGGCAAGAUGCUCAUUGAUUUUAGCUACCUACUGUCCAAAGUAGAGGAAAAGGUGGGGUCUCCAGAGCGCCCCCUGUCAGACCUGGGCCUCAUCAGCUACAGGAGUUACUGGAAGGAGGUUCUGCUGCGAUAUCUCAACAACUUCCAGGGCAAAGAGAUCUCCAUCAAAGAAAUAAGCCAGGAGACGGCAGUGAACCCUGUGGACAUUGUCAGCACACUGCAGUCACUUCAGAUGCUCAAAUACUGGAAAGGAAAGCACCUGGUGUUGAAGAGACAGGACCUUAUAGAUGACUGGAAAGCCAAGGAAACCAAACGUGGGAAUGGAAAGACAAUUGACCCCACCGCCUUAAAAUGGACACCUCCAAAAGGAACGUAGAGGAGGUUCUGACACCCAUCACGCCUACACGUGCACAGGCACAGACAUUGUAUCUUUACAUAACAUGACGGUCUAUCUGGGUUCAGCAGUCAUUGCUGGUAAUGACACUUACAGACAGUUAUAGCUCUUGUUAGGAUCACAUCACAGCUCACUCAGUGAAUCAGACUUGUUUCUAGUAUUUUACUAUAGUAAUUACCCCAAACAAGAAUCUCCUUUGGUUAUCACUGUGAAUCAUUUGUAUGUUUUACAUACUGUGUACUCUUGAUAUCUGAGCUGUAGCUUUUUAACAGGAACAACUGUAGGCCUUAGGUCAUUUUACCAAUUAUAUACAUGUGGCAUGCUAGAGAUUAGGUUCUGCAAUCAAUAUGCUCAAAUCUUAAAUGUAAAAUAAUGAAACAUAGGUAACAGCCUGUGUCUGUUAUAUAUCUGAUCUUGUUCAUUAUCUACAUGAGGAAAUAAUUUGUGUGUUGCAAGUGCAAGAUAAUCACUUCAGAUUAAUAGAAAGAAAAUACACCCUUAUAUAUGCACAUAUUCAUAAAACUAUUUUAGAGUGGCUGUUUAAACCCAGAAAUGUUCACCUGCUUAAAACCCAAUAGCUGUCACUGGCCAGAUUUCAGUGUUUAAAACACUUUAUCAAAUGUUCUCUGUCCACAUUAUUAGAAACAUAUUUUCUAAGGUUUCAGAAUCUUAAAUAUAUAAUCACAAGAACACAAAAUGUUGUUCCAUUGCUUUUAAUGGUAGGGGUGUAACGAUGUUGGCGAUAUCACGAUAUCGUCGUAGUAAAAUUGCCACGAUAUUGUCGUGGCCUCGUCACGGUAUUAAAAUGUAUGUCUUCAGGCAAAAAUAAGAAUUUUCAGGCCGCUGCUGUGGUGCAUAGCACAGUAAAUUACAUGGAUCAUAAUUGUUUGCGACCGCGUCAUCGGCCAUCAGAGAGGUCCCAGUGUUCGCCGUGUUCAGGUAGCAAAUAGCAUUUGUUAUUUUAGGCUAUUAAUUAACCAAAUACGUUUAUGGCAAUAGUCUGUUCCAUUGAUCAACUUCAAAAAUGCCCUGCAUUUAGCCUAGUGUGAGAAAUGUUACAGUUGGACUAGAUCCAAACCCAGACUCCUGAAUCAGUGGGGAGCAGCUCAGGUUCAGACCGGGCUCAGGUGAGUUUGAGCGAGGAGUGGUUAGGUGCCUUGGCCUGAGAAGCGCUUUCCCUGAGAAGAACCAAGUGCACGGAGGACAGAACAAUAUAUAUACGAACCAAACUGGAUUCACUUCUGUCCGGAUGUUUUGCACCACCUCGGAACCAGCCACAGUCCUCGAACGCGUAGGACAAGAGCGGCCCACCCGGACCUAUAGUCCACAGCGCAUUCUCGCUUUCGUUGCAUGGGUUCAGCGCACAGAGGACGGCACAGAACCGCUCAGAACCAGUUCAUUGUGCACUGGUCUUACUCGCCCUUGUCUGGAACCAGCACAUGGAGGACGGGGCCUCUGGACCUAUCUGACCAAUGCGCUCGGAGGACGGCACAGGACCAAGGACCAGACCCCAGGCCAGUCCUGAGGGGCAGUGUGCUACGGUGAGUGUCUCCGUGUCUUUAUUGCUGUUACCCGAAGUACAGAGCAUUACACAGUCAGAGAGCACCUCACUUACCACUGAUGGGUGGACUUCAAGUGCAACCCAGAGAUGUAUUACAGUUGUUUAUUUAUUACUUGAAUUUUGCACCUCAACUUCAAAGGCUUUUCAAGCUGUUCAAAAUGUCAUUGAUAUGAAUAUGAUAAUAAAUGUUGUACCAAAUGACUUAUUAUGUAUAAUAUUGUAAUACCAUGAGCCUCCCCACCAUAUUGUGAGCUUUCCCACGAUAUCGCAAUGAAUAUCAUACCGUGACGUUCAUACCGUGAGGUUCAUACCAUGACAAUAUCGUAUCAUGAGACAUGGAUAUCGUUACACCCCUAUUUAACGCCCAUCAUGUAGAUGUGGCCAGGGUAGCUUCCUUCAUUUCAAAGUCUGGUAGGGGAUUUUGUCAUUUGUGCAGCUUCCAUUCUUACUGUAUAUAAUUCUACCUCUAAGGUUUUGCCACUGUUUAAAAAGCUAGAACAGUCCUAUGUUUUGUUAUUUCCCUGUGUAAACACAUAAAGCCAGAAAGAGCAUUUUACUAGAUUUUUUACUAUUUAUAAAAUAUUCUUGGUACGUAAAAUUUGUUAAAGAUAAAAGAAAGAAUGUUUGAGAAAAAAAGGUCAGAUAGUUUUAGUUCAUUUGUUUAAUAUUUUAUUUACUUUUUACCUUUUUAUUUUGGACAAUCCUAAUAUUUAUUUUGCCAAGCAUUGGCUGUGGGUCUAAUGUUCUGUGGCUCAACAUUUGAAAAGUUAAUAUUUGUUUUGUAUUGUCACCAUUAUUCAUUUUCAUCAUUGAUGACUCUUAUUGCAUGCAUUGGCACAUACUUAGAUAUACUUGUCUAAAAUAAUAGUCUAAAUUCAUAUAUCUUAACCUGUUAUAAUGCCAGAUAUAUUCAAAGGCCUUUUAUUUGCAAACCUCUCAGUUUGUUCAGUUUGUUUAGAAAGACAGGUGUAUCUAAUAAUGUGGCCAGUGAACCUUCUCUUCUGUGUUCUGUGCCAUUUUUUUCCAUUUCACACAUAGAAUAGAUUUUGCAUUUUACUUGCCAUUAAACAGAAUGGAAAGCAUACAUUAUCAUUUUAGCAGAUGCUUUUGAAAUAUAGCAAUUUGUCCGUGCGCUGAAACAUUUACAAAAGUGCAUUUACAAAUCUACCAUGUGCAUAGAAAUUGCUCAGACCAUUAGAAUCAAAGGGAUCAAAAAUCAUUCUUUUUAUUUGUAUUCAUACUUUUUGUGUCAUAAAAUAAAACAUG